AUGUUUAAUAAGUUUCGACUCACCACUAAUAACAAGAAAAAAUUUGUAGCUGCAAAUUUCAAGAGGAAAAUAAAAGGAUUGACAGAUUCGGAAAACCAGACUUUAUCACCCAAAAGAAAACGAACAGGGUGCUUUUGUUGCCGCAAAAGAAGAAUAAAGUGCAUUGGAACAAGGCCAGUUUGUGAAAAUUGCCUCAAAAAAUCAUAUUUAUGUGUAUGGCCUGAUGGAGAAGAAUCUCUUUCACAUAAUACCGAAUUCAAACUCACUAAAGUAAUUAUAGAUAAGGAGACCUUGAAUUUGAAUAAGCCAAACCAAGCAACGACUGAUACCUGCAAUUUUAGACAAUUAGAAGGACAUAGUGAUGUCUCUAGCAGUAUUGAUCUUAAUAGUAAAGUCAUACAAAAGACUUAUUAUGAUUCGACCGAUGUAUUUGAUUCGGUAAAAGAUGCGAUGUUUAGAAAAGUUCUUAUAGAGUUAAACUCGUCUGUGCUUAAGUCUCAAAUAUCACGUCUCACAACAUUUCCUGUGCUUACCAAUAAAGAAGUCUUUCUUUUCAACGCUUUCACAAAUGGUUUUAUGACAGACGUGUCACCCCAGUUUACACAUGCAAAGCUACAACCAGGUGCUGUCUUUAUUCCCCCUGGAAUCAACAAUGCAAUAAUGCAGCGCAUAUUUUUUGCUUGUGGUGCAUCAUUUCUUUUGACAGAGACAAAGAGUUUGGAAAUGAAAAAAUUGUCAAAUGAGCAGUUUCGACUGUAUUCUGACGGGCUUACUGACUUUAUUCAAUCAUGUGAUAUAUCUGGGAACGAGGAAUGGAUCAUCUUGUCUCUAUUGCUUAGCUAUUUAAAAUUGAGGUAUGUUCACGAUAAUCAGACAACUAAUACAUUGAGCAUGAUAAGUAUUGUUGAGGGUAUGAAAUUUUGGAUACUUAAGAAAAGACAACAAUCCACUUAUGAACUUAGUAUAACAUCUAGUGAUGAUGGUCCAGAAUUCGAAUUACAUACGUUUAGUUCAAAAUUAGGAGAUAACCCCAAAGUCACUAAUCCCAUCAUUCCGAAACAAAGUACGGAAAACGAAGUUAAGUUCUGUCAAAUAAUCAAUGCCUUUAGAAAAAAACUGAAAGGUAGAGAUCCAAUGGUAGCUAGAGACCCAGACUACUUUAUAAAACCCUCAGAUAUUGUUUCAGUAGACUCUGAAAUUUAUUUUGCUAUUAGUGGUGAGGAAACACAGAAAAGAGAAUUGUUAAUGCCUUACGAGAAAACAAUGCUUGAUUCGUUCAUUUUCAACUAUAGUACAAUGCUCUUUACAUGCGAUAAAAGCCUUGUUGGCGAAAUCGCAUCUCCAUUUAUUGUGUAUGAUUUAAUCCGCCCAUAUCUGUUACAUCCAAUUUACAAGUGUGUCGUGCCUUGGAUGAACCACCCGGUAGUGGGUGCAGCAUUGCCGAUGUUUGAAUUGCAAGCCAAGAUAUGUUGGUUGGGAUUGCGUCUGCCGUUGUCUACAGAGGAUUCUACCAUUGUCCACCACAUUCGCAAAACUGCCAGUUUUUAUAUUCGCCCUAUACUGCCCGCAAGAGUGUACACAAGAGAGCCAGUAUCUGUCCAACAGAAGUUACUGGAAAGUUGUUUUGCCGCUGAGAUUAUGUCAAAAGCAAUUUACAUUUAUGCUACCAAAUUACUUUAUCCCAGAAUGCAAUGCGAUGAUGAAUCAAUUCAAACAGCAGCAGAACAAGCUUAUCAGGCUUUCCAAAAAUUAUCAUUCCAAAGCCAGGUGCAUGUUGUUUUAUGUUUUGCCAUGACCGUUUUGGGAUCUGUUGCCUUAUCCAAAAAACAUCGUCAGUUCUGGCUUUUGAAAAUGGAUAAGUUAAAGGCCGUCUCUAGAGUUCGUGCGUUUGAAUCUAUGCGAGUAAUAUUUCAGAAAGCCUGGUACGAACUAGAUGAAACAUGCAGGCCUAUGGGUUGGGAUGUCUUGUUGGACAAUGAAUGUUUGAAAAUCUUAUUAGUAUAG